CGCGAGUAAUAAAAGAUGCAAGAUGCCGGUCCCUUGCCUGAAAUAGAUCCUCUCAAACAAAUUGGCGGAGUUGUUGUGGGGACCGGCUUUGGGCUACCUGUGAAUGAAUGGCGCGAGUACUGGGUCCAGUGGGAGAAACGAGGCAAAGUUCAAAAGAGAACUCGGUUGGAUCUUUGUGAGCUUUCAGCUGAAUUUUUGCGAAAAUUCCUCUACAACAGCUAUAGAAACUGGCCUUUACCCAUGCUCAAGGAGAAUUUAAGUCGAAAUGCAAAGCCAGGAUUCAACAUGAUGAUGGGUUACCCAGCUGGUGAUUUGAAGACCUUGGGGUCUUUAUAUCAACAACUAGAUGUAAGGCAUGAAGGGGCAUGUUUUCUUCAAUUGUAGACUCUGGGGUUGUCAGUAAGCAAAGCACCAGGAGACAUUAUAGAGGCUCUCCAUGGCUGGAUCACUGGAAAACCUGAGUAGUAGUAUCUAGAAUUUCAUGGCAUUUCAUACAGCCCUUCUUGCCAUGCUUCUACAGUAAACACCUGCAAUAAGUAAGUUACUAUAGCCUAAACAUGUUCUUAUAUGAGAGGUGCUCAGUGAUAUUUUAGGCUAUUUACUAUAGGCUCUUCCUCUUAUAGUAGAUUCUUAUUUUUAUAUAAAGUCAUGGUAGCAUUGUCUGGCAGACUCAUUGAUUUAGAUUGUAAAAAGAGCCUUCUAAUUUUUCUUUUAUUUUUCCUGACCAUCCUCAUCUCUAAAAUUAUGAACCUGCUCCAAAUGCUUGGUCUAAUAGGUUCUUAUACAAAAAUAGGGUUCUAAUUUGAACAUUUUAGGCCAACAGGUUCUUAUACACAGGUGCUCACUGCAGUUGUAAAAGUUCAAUAUGUUCUAUUUAAAAAAAGAUCUUUCUUUUUGGACCCUCA